AGAGAGAGAGAGAUGGAUGGAUGUAAUCUUGGCUGUUCUCUUGGAAAUAUAUUCUUACCUCAUUGGCUUGCUGAUGGUAUCUUGGACUCUGCAGGCAGUGCUACAUUUCACUCUCCUCUUAUCGACUCAUCAAAGCAGAAACUCAAUAAGUUUCCUCCACACACCACUCUGGGAGAGCAAGCUGCUUCCUUAAGGCUUUGCAACCGAAUCUAGCCAGGGUAGAGGACGGCACUCAGAAGUGGGUCACGUUCAAACAACAGGGAGCUAAAGCGAUCACAAAAAUACAAUUAGAGGGCCCACAAUAAGAUUGAUUUUCUCAUUUAACGGGCAACUAAUGUGCAGCACGAAUCCAAAACGGACAGGCCAAUUACUAAGGCGAUUGCCAUGAUAAACACUUAGGGGAAAUUCGACAAAUGUGGCACGUUUGGGCCUUUGCCCAUGUAUUGGAAGAAUCGUGUAGCCUCAGUAACCGAAUAAACACAUCCAGAGUGGUGUUGUUUAUGCUGGUCUUUUACUGUGAUCUGACUGCAGUAUGGAGGGCAGAGCCUGGAGGAAUCACAGCAUGAAAUCUGCAGCCUGCAACAGUAGAUGAAGUGUAAAAUGAGGUGAUAAAACGCUGCUCUCCACACUGCCUGCGGUUCAGACCUUAUGGUCCCUUCUAUUUCUGUAGGCAUGGAUCAGAAUUACGACAGGUACAGCCUAACCUUUAAGUGACAGGUGGAUCUAAAUCAUCCUUCGUGGGCAGAGAAUGGAAUACACCUCUGGUAUCUCCUCAUCACCCACCACUCCAACACAACUGACCAAGCAGACUUCGGCGUUUCUUCUCGAAGCCAGUCGGAAUGACACCGUGCACCGUUCCUCCUCCUCCCCCCUCGACACAGGACAGCACCACAGCCCGCCUGCUGCAAAACCACCGCCCUCUCCCUGCUCAGCACCUAUAUCUACCUCACAUAUGGUCCACGGUUUGUUUGAAGACAUGCUGGAGAAACUCGAUCUCGAGGAUGAAGGAAUCACUGGAUAUCCCAGUAAUGUAUCGGGAUCCCCAUUCUCCUUUCGUCAUUUCUAACCUGUUGGGUGUACAGUACAUGCGUCAGAUGAUGCUAUUGGCUGGAGAGCGUCUCACCCACGUCAAGGAGUCCCUCAGGGCUGUCGAACAAUCUGAGAGUGACAUUUACAUGCGAUUUAUGAAGUCACAUAAGUGCUAUGACAUCGUCCCUACCAGCUCCAAGCUCGUGGUCUUUGACACAACGCUGCAGGUAAAAAAGGCCUUUUUUGCCUUGGUGGCCAAUGGGGUCCGAGCUGCCCCUCUGUGGGAGACCAAGAAACAGAGUUUUGUGGGCAUGCUAACCAUCACAGACUUCAUCAACAUACUUCACAGAUACUACAAAUCACCCAUGGUACAAAUCUAUGAGCUUGAGGAGCAUAAAAUUGAGACGUGGAGAGAGCUCUAUCUACAGGAAACAUUUAAGCCUUUAGUGAACAUAUUUCCAGAUGCAAGCAUAUUUGAUGCGGUGUAUUCACUGAUCAAAAACAAGAUCCACCGGUUACCCGUCAUCGACCCGGUCAGUGGAAAUGCACUUUACAUUUUGACGCACAAAAGGAUCCUGAAAUUCCUUCAGCUGUUUGUGUGUGAGAUGCCAAAGCCCGCCUUUAUGAAGCAGACACUGGAUGAGCUGAGCAUCGGGACCUACAGCAACAUCGCCUUCAUCCACCCCGACACGCCAAUCAUCAAAGCACUCAGCAUCUUUGUGGAGAGGAGAGUGUCAGCACUGCCUGUGGUGGACGAGUCAGGAAAAGUUGUAGAUAUUUAUUCAAAAUUUGAUGUCAUUAAUCUUGCUGCUGAAAAGACGUACAACAACCUGGACAUUAGCGUGACACAGGCACUGAUGCACAGGUCACAGUACUUUGAAGGGGUCAUGAAAUGCAACAGAUUUGAGACACUGGAAACGAUAGUAGAUCGGAUAGUCAAGGCUGAGGUGCACAGACUGGUGGUGGUGGAUGAGAAUGGCAGCAUCGUGGGCAUCGUCUCUCUGUCGGACAUCCUCCAGGCACUUGUUCUCAACCCCGCAGGUAUGACCAGGAAAGAGAGCGAAGCAGAGACGGAGUGAUGCUUCUUGUGGAGAUUACUGGGUCAUGUGACGUUGCUGUAAGAGACUGACGUGGAAGCAGAGACCACAAGAGUGGA